AAACAUUUUAUUUGUACCUCAUACAAUCGCAAGAUGCGUAGAGGUAUAGGAGCCUCUCGGAUCCUGAAUGCCCGAAGGGAGCAAGAACAGUGGGAUACACUAUCGGCAACGGUAGAAAGUGAGACUAUCGAUGCAUAUGAAAAGCUAGCAGAGGACUUCAAAGCUGAUUUGUAUGUAUUUAUAGAAAAGUACAAAGGUCUGAUAAAUAAAGAUCCAGCAUUUCGUUUGGAAUUUUUGGAAUUGUGUGAUAUUAUUGGCGUUGACCCUCUAUCUAAUUCAUCACGAAUAUCAAGGGCAGUGGGACUAAAAUCGUUCUAUGUAGAAGUAGCAGUCCGUCUUCUCGAGGUAUGCUUGAAAUCUAGAGCUAUAAACGGAGGUAUCUGUGAAAUGAGCCAGGUGAUUUCUGAAUUUCCUGAUAGAUUGAAUAUUACAGAAAAUGAUAUUCUGAGGGCCAUAAAACAAUGUUCCGUAUUUGGAAAGAACAGUAUAAGGACGUUAUGUGUCAGAGGUGUUACAUUAAUCGUUACAUCACCUUUUUGUUUAAGCAAUGAUCACCGUGCCUGUUUGGAUUACAUGGCCGAGAAGCGCUCUGGAGUGACAGUAUUAGAGCUAUCCGAAAAAUUGGAAUGCACACUCAGCCAAGCUCAAAAUCUGCUUGACCAGUUUAUUGAGAGGCAGGUAGCAUGGAUCGAUCAAACAGAUGACGAAACCUUUUAUUGGUUUCCCUGCUUAUUUCAUCCUGAACAUACCACCAAGAGAUGAAUGCAGUGAGACAGAUUGAAAUAAAUGACAAUAUACAUUAUGCGUUUGUUGAUAUAG